GGAAGAGAACAGAAUAAAUAUCGAGCAAUAGCUCCGUUGUGCCGUCCCUUUUCUCUUUACUGGAAAAUUGGAUCAGAUUUCUUCUGAUAUUACCCAUAUCUUCUCGUCCAGUGUCGGAGCGAGCGAUCGGAAGUGGAAUAUGCUCUCGCUCAACCCAACGCUACAUGACUGGUGGUCGCGGGGUUGCUUCGACCUCAAGUGGAUUGGGCUGCCUGCUCCUCCUCGUUCCGCCGACCCAGAGGAGAUUCAGAUUGUCCUUCUUCAGUUCGAGUGGUUAAUGUGGAGAGAAAGACCCAUCGGUGAAAGAAAGCCAGUAGGGCAGCUAGGGCGAACAGUCGAGGAGAUUAAAGCGGCGUUUCCCGAUUAUUCGAUCUCCGAGAGGAGGCGUAUUUGCGGUAACCCAGCCCUACCCGACCCGCAUCCCUUGCUCGCCAUGUGCCGGCCCGCCACCGGGUGGAACAUCGAACAUGGCGAGGUCUUUGAAGCGAGAAUCCAGCAGAAGUACGUCAUGAAUAUGAAGCUUUGCAUAGAUACACAGCAGAGGAUCAAUCGCCUCAUAGUCAUGGCUGGAAGGGCCGAAACGCUCGACCUACCGGACAAACCCGAAUUCCUUGACGAAGACGGACGCUUCCCGGGUUGGUACAAGACUUUCUACAUGCUCAUAAGAUGACCACUUUGGCAGUGCGCGAUGAAGAUAAAGACGCUGGGAAGGCCGACUCUGAAGACGAUAAUGUCGGUGACGAUGG